AUGACAUUCAGUAGACGAUUGCUUUACAUGACAGGAAUUUGGCCUUUGGAAGUUCGCGAAAGUUUAUGCAUAUCAUGUGAUAAGGUCCAUCAAAACUUUUCGUUACGUUAUCGCUAUCGUAAUGGAAAAUAUGGCUGUAGUAACGGCGUUGACGAAGAUAUUAGUGUUACGAAUAAAGUCUCAAUGGUCAUCAUUAUGUUUCCUUGGACAACGUUGUUGCUUUUUUCCUAUUAUUUUAGAAUUGUCAUACCAAAUAUGAUAUUGGUUAUGAAAAAUGCUACAACGGAAUAUAUAUUACCUUACAAAAUAAAGCCGUUAGUGGAACCGUACGAUAAAAAAAGUUAUGUAUUUGGGUGCGUACACGAAUUUAUACGUAUAAUAAUGGUCAUUUCUGGUUAUUUGGGAACUGAUUGUUUCUUUACUACUACUGGUCUUCAUCUCACUGGUCAAUUGGCCGUAUUGAAGUGUAAAGUGAAGAAUAUUUUAAAUGAUGCCGACGGUCCUCGGAAGGCAAUUCGAAAAGUAAUUCUUGGACAUCAUCGGUUGAUAAGAUUAGCGGAUUUGUUGGAGGAUAGUUUUAACAUCAUUAUCGGUCAACAUUUAUUUGGGACAACGAUACUACUUUGUAUAUCGAGUUACAGAAUGCUCUCCAGUUUAGCAAGCACCGAAACCGGAGGUAUAAUGACAUAUGUUGUGUAUGCGUUUCUUUUGAUGUGGAAAUUACUGAUUUAUUGCUACGUGGGAGAAUCUCUCCUCACGGAAGUAAUUAAUCGAAUUUUAAUUUAA